GCCCUGUAAAACAGACCUCAAGUUACAAAUAUAAUUAUAUUUCAAAGAAAAAAUAAAUGCAAAAGAAUUUUACAUUGUAAUAAAGUAAUUGCAGAUAUUACAGCAGCUUACGAAAUUACAGUAUACAAACAAAUAAUUACCCAUAAGUAUCGGUUACUUAAUGCCAACGUUUCAAAAUCAUGCGGCAAUUACUAGUAAAUAAUAUAUUAAAACACACUUUCAUAUUUAUUUAAUGUUAGACUGGUAGCGAAGUAUUUUAUAUUCUUUGAUUUUUACCAUCAUGACGUCUUUAUGGCGAAAAUAUUUUACGAAGGAGAUUCAAGUUUUGAAAAGGGUUUACGAGAGAAGCGACUAUGAGGACACUUACGAGAUACCGAGGAAGUAUUUGAAAUGGAGCGGUAUUCGCAUGAAGCACAUAAUAUCUAAGCCCGUAAGCAUCUGCUGGUUGGUGUACUACUGGUUCUACUUCGCGAACAUCGUCUUCGCAUUUACCUCGGAACUUAUGGGUACAUGCAUGACGGCUAGCGCCAACACGUUUACCGACGCCAUCGCCUUCUUCCAGAUGGUGCCUUGCAUCGGGUACUGUGGGAUGUCACUAGUAAAGUCGUUUAAGAUGGUGAAGCACAGGCCCGUGUUUGAGAACCUGAUAACCGAAAUAGGCGACAUGUGGCCGCAGAGGCAGGUCGACGAGGAGGAGCAUAAGAUCAUCAGCUCCGCGCUGAGAGAAAUCAAAAACGUUGUUAAAGGAUACCAGUGGGGCAACAACUGCUUGAUACUGAGCUUUCUAUACGCCCCUUUUUGGGAGCUUUUCAAACGCUUCUCAGGGGAGAAAUGGGAGCCUAAACUGCAAUUCAUCUACUGGCUACCCUUCGAUCCGUCACAGCCUGUAUAUUACGAAUGUACGUUGGUUCUGCAAACCUGGCAGGCAAUAACCGUGAUCUGGACGAAUAUGACCAGUGAUAUCAUGUUCUGUCUGUUUCUAAGCCACAUCACCACGCAGUUCAACCUCCUCUCCGUCAAAAUCGAGAAGUUGAUCUACGUUCCUACGGACCAACAGCUGAUUGAGUUUUAUCCUCUCGGACAGUAUAGCGAGGAGUACUUGCGUAAGAACAAGGAGGCCGUGGACUCGUACACGCCACAGCAGUGGGAAGAGAAAAACUUUAAGGAAAUUACAGAGAUUGUGCUGCAACAUCAGGCACUUAUAAGACUGUCAGAAGACAUUGAAAACAUGUUCAGUUUGACGUUGCUAGUGAACGUUAUAAACAGUUCGCUUCUUAUAUGUCUUUGCGGAUUUUGUAGCGUUGUUUUGGAAAAAUGGAAUGAAACUGCGUACAAAUCUUUUUUGGUAAUAGCGCUAUCUCAGACUUGGUUUGUGUGCUGGUACGGUCAGAAACUGAUCGACUCUAGUAAAGGUGUGGCCGAAGCUGUGUACAACAGCGGGUGGUACAGAGCGUCCAUGAAAAUAAGAAGGUCCCUAAUGAUCAUAUUCCUCAGGUCCCAGAAAGGCGUUUAUGUCACCACUUAUGGCUUUUCUGUUAUAUCAUUGACAACUUAUAGCACGAUAAUAAAAACUUCAUGGUCGUACUUCACUCUAUUACUGAAGUUCACCGACGAGUAACAUCCUAAGAAGUAACUACUUUAGUUAUUUUUAGUAGCUUUUCAUGUAUUAUUACAAAUUUACUGUAUUUUCAAGGUGAUAAUAAUAUUCAGCAAUUUAGGCAGUAUACGUAGGUUAUGCACAGAAAUCUAUUUUUAAAAGAACUGUAUAUAAAGCACAAAUUCGAUUAUUGCAUGACACCGAUUGAUUACUAAAUAAAAAUAUUGAAAAUUAA